AUGUACAAAGGUUCCUUGAGUCUUUGGAAUGUUUUAUUGGGGACUCUUCAUUUCAAUAACGGAGGAAGAUAUGAAGGUGAAUGGAAGAAUGGAAUUGAAUUGAAUGGAGAGUAUAUUUUCAGUGAUGGACUACAAUAUGAUCCAGAAGAUUGGUCUUAUUGUAGUGAAAACAACGACAGGAGAUUUUAUCCGGAGCAUAUCAACGGACUUAAACCAUCAGAUCGCUGUCUCAUGAGUGCACAAAGUGACAGCUUAUCGGGAAAACCACUUCGCUAUAUACCCGAUGGUUGCUAUGAUGCCGGUGAUGGAAUUUACGACCCAUCCAGUAGAGUAUUAUAUCAAUACGGAAAAAAUGAAAAGGAACCGCUUGGAGGUUUUCUACGUAAUGUCACGGACGAAGAACAUUAUUGGAUUGUAUCUCAUUGUAGAAAAGGUUGGGAUGAAUUUAUCGGAUUUCAAAAAUCAACAGAAGAAUGA